AUGUCAAACCAGCGAGUUGUUUAUAAUGGCCACAAGCGCGUACAUGCGCUCACGUUCCAGGCCUUCACGCUUCCCAAUGGACUGAUUGCUAAUAUUUAUGGUCCUGUAGGUAAGCCCCAGAUUUUUUUUUCUAUUCACAAAGCAACCUUUUUUCCCUUCAUUGCCAUGUUAAUGGAAUUUUUCUUUCAUUGUACUUGCCUCUUACUUUUGCCGUUUUUUUUGGUGAAAUUCUUUUAAUUGAUAAUAGCCUAUUCAAUUUCUUGUUUCCACGCCAUAUACCCUACGUGCUAGUUAAAUGUAAAGCCUACAUGACUUGAUUUUAGCAAACAUUAAUGAUGAAAUAUAUAUCCUUAAUUUGUUUUAAGAGUGGAACCUUUGUUUUCUUUCCUUCUUGUAGAGGCCAGAAUGCACGAUGCAAGAAUGCUGGCAGUCUCCCAACUGUAUGAUGAUUUACAAAACUUUGCAUUUGACCCUGUUGGUAGAGCAAUGUGUUUAUAUGGGGAUCCAGCGUACCCACUCAGGGUUCACUUGAAGGCACCUUUCAGAGUUGGCAUUCUAACAAGAGAUAUGGCGAUGUUUAAUGAGUCCAUGAGUGCUGUUCGCUCAUCAGUUGAAUGGUUAUUCGGAGAUAUUGUAAACUACUUCAAAAUUUUAGAU